GAGAGAGAUGAGCGUGUUUGGUGGGGAUAGCUGGGGAAGGGAAGCACAAAACAGGAAGAGGAGAGUGGAGGAUCUGCUGGAGGAGGGCCUUAGUAAAGAGGUUGAUUCUAACCCUUCGUACAAGAAGCUCUGUAAUGGCAAAUACGCCUGCCUCGUCUGUCGUCACCAUCCCAUUCUCGACUCCUCUCUCAUGCUUUCUAUGCACAGUAAGGGAUCACGUCACACUGCUGCUUUGUCCAAGCUUAGGGAGAGGGAAUUUAGGAAACAAGAGGAGAUAAAGAAGAGAAUAGCUGUAUCUGAUUGCGAUAUUGGUGCUUCUAGCUCUGAUAUCUCCAGUCAACAAUUCAAGUUACGUAGUGCACCAUUGAUUGAGCAGACACGAAAGGCCACAUCUGAGGCACUUUGCAACCAAACAGUCAAACAAAAUGCCAGAAAUGAAACCUGUAAUGGGAAACUCAGUAGGGGCUCUUCAUUCUUUUCUCCCACUGCCCCUCCUGCUCCUAAACAGAAGACAGAGGCACCAAUGACGGUGACAUCUCCACCCUGUGAGUCUAACGGGAAUAGUGGAUGGCAAAGCAAAGCAGAUUCUAGGUUUCUUGUACAGCAGCAAUUGGACUUUCGGGAGCGUCGAGAGAGGGAACUCAAGUUCACAGCUGCAGGUUGGAAACGUGAUUGCUACGGAAGAUGGUUUAGAGAUGAAAAUGUUGAGUUUGACUCUGAUGAGGAAGAUCCAAAUAUUUGCCUCGUCUAAGUUUUGUGUUUGCCUCCAUCAAUUAGUGUCGAUUAUGAAUUACGAACUGUGGAACCAAAUUCUUUUGUGGGGGGCUGUGGACAAUGAUUAUGACUGAGCAACCGCCAGAUCAGUAGAUGGCCAAUAAUCUGUGCAUGGUGGAGUGGCCCAGGAACCGUCUUUGAUAAGCUAAGCUGCCAAAAGCAUGUCUUGGCAUUUCUCCUUGCUGUUUUUAUGCAUCAUCUGUUCUCUUAGUUGUAAUAUUUGAAGUUAAUUGUAAAAUGCAACUAAAAGACCAAUAUGUAUUCCAUUACCCUGGAACUGAAAAUAUUGCUUCUCUGUCUUA